AUGGAUGUUGGUGAAUGGUCACUACCGCACAGCAUCAACCCGAACAACUUCCCUGCCAAACUGUGGCGUUUGGUGAACAACCCUGAAAACAGUGCCAUCUGGUGGGACAGCCACGGCGAGGGCAUCCUCAUAGACAAAGGUCUCUUUGAGAAACAGAUCCUGUCUCCCAGCACCAUCCCCUCAGACAACGCCGACGCCUUCAAAACCACCAACUUCUCAAGCUUUGUCCGUCAGCUCAACCUGUAUGGCUUCAGGAAAACCGACACAUCCAAUAAAGACCACAAGUCCUCGCCCGGGGAGAGUGCAAAGGCUCAGCAUUUUUACAACCCCAUCUUCAAGCGUGACCAUCCUGAACUCGUCUCGAGUCUGAGAAGGUUAACUGCAGACAACAAGGCCAAGAUAGAGGCCGGUCAGGACGUCAGCUGUCGGCCCCCCAAAAAGUCUUCACUGCACAGCCCCACCCAUCAGGAGUUAACGCAUCCUUACCAUCCACAACCAGCCCAGCCUGGGACAGCUCACAAUGGAACUCCAGUCCCACCAAGAUACCUGAUAAGGGGUCAUGGUGCAGCUCUUUCUCCUUCUGUAUUCACUGCAGACAAAGGGAUACAGGUUUCUGUAAGUCACCACUAUGCAGGUGUAGCCCCGAGCUCCAGUGCUAUGCACGUUCAGCAGGGUUUACUGGCCCGUGUCAACCAUCAAAGUGUACAAUAUCAGCCUGGCUACUAUUCCCCAGUCUGCCAGUGUUACGGCUUGAACCUCAGAGCAUCACAGAUGGCCUGUAGUGGGCUUCAGACAGGGUCAUUCCCUCCCUACAAUUAUUUUCAGGCCAGCUACCCUGUCAAUAUGUUCUGUACUGGGGACAACAACCAGGAACCACAGAGCAAGGACAGCCAGGAGACGAAAAAGUACGACAUUAAUUUGGACACAAUUUUCCAGAUAGCAGAUGAGGUGAUGAAACCUCUGCCCAAUCGAUGCCUCGUUAAAGUUAAGACCCCAGAGAAGUCGGUCCCUGUGAUUGCACCGCCUCCUGGCACCUUUAACACCAGCGCCAUGAAAGCUCUGCCUGUUGAACCCAUCAUAAUGUCCGUCUCAGGCAACCCUAGUCUGGUCAAAUUCAAACCGCAGGAGGGAUCUGUGGUUUCAAUACCUGAGCAGCUGCCUGAAGAUGUCAAAUCUGAGGACCGACAGCCGACGAUCUCCUUGGUGUGUCUGGGCCUCAACAGUUUCCCCACCGUGUCAGCCUGUCAGAGUUCAUCCUGA